AUGGAGAGCUUGAAUUCAGGCAGCUAUGAACAAAUAAAGGAACCACAUGUUAUAAAUGUAUCGGACAGUGAUUUUGGGGAAGAUGGAAUGGACGAAGUUAGCUCGAUUCCUUUUCAAUCACCAGGUGGUGGUAUGUAUUGGAAACCUCGGGUUGAAGCUGAAUUUAAACCUUAUAUAAACCAAAGCUUCCGAUCACUAGAGGAUGGUAUAGAGUUUUACCGAGAAUAUGGACGUAAAAGUGGGUUUGAGAUCAGACGGCAUACAGAGAAGAAACAUGACGACGGUACAGUUCUUCUUAAACACAUUGUUUGCAGUAGAGCUGGCAGCAAUGAAUCAAAGAUGGAUGUUGAUUAUGAGGAUUUUAGUAGCAGUUCGAAAAAGAGAAGGAGAACUGUAUCUAGUAGAUGUGGUUGCAAAGCUAAAGUCGUUUUUAAGUUUGAUGAUUUGAAAGGAUAUAAUGUUCUCUCAUUCGUUGAAGAGCAUUCUCAUUUUUUGGUCUCCGGUAGUGGGAAACAAUUUUUGAAGUCAAAUAGAGUUCUCGGUCUCGCACAUAAGAAACUUGUAUUUGAUGGAGCAAAAGCCAACAUGGGGCCAAACAAAACAUAUAACUUUGCUAAGGAGUUGUGUGGAAGUUAUUCUAAUGUUGGUGCUACGUGUACCGAGUUUAAAAAUUGGAGUAGGGAUGUGAAGCUUUAUAUUGGUGAUCGAGAUGCUCAAAUGAUCAUCGAGAAGUUCACGGAUAAGAAGGAGAUGAGUGAUGGAUUUUUCUAUGAUUAUGCAGUUGAUGAAGGCGGUCGAUUAACUCGCAUCUUUUGGGCCGAAGAAAUUAUGAUGUACAACAUGAAGUUUGUUCCAUUUACUGGUCUCGACAAUUAUAAGAAGUGUGUUGUAUUUGCAGCAGGAUUGAUAGCUAAAGAGGACAUUGAUAACUAUGUCUGGAUUUUUGAGGUAUUCAUGAAAUGCAUGAUUCGCGAGCCAAAGUGUAUUGUUACAGAUCAGUGCCCUGCCAUGAAGCAAGCUAUACCAACUGUCUUUACAGAAGCACGUCACCGUUUGUGCAUGUGGCACAUCAUGAAGAAAUUUAACCAAAAGUUGGCAAAAUGCAUUUCGAAGAUGGAUGAUUUCAAGAGGAAGAUAAAUGCACUGAUUUGGAGUAUAGAUAUAGAUCCAGCAACAUUUGAAGUAGGUUGGAAAGAUGUUAUGAAAGAAUAUAAGCUUGAAAGUAAUGAAUGGUUGUGUGAACUGUAUAACAUUCGGGAGUCAUGGAUUCCAGCCUAUUAUGCUGAUGAUCCAAUGGCUGGUUUAUUGCGUACUACAUCAAUAUCAGAGAGUGAGAACAGUUUCUUUGACAAAUUCAACCGUAGAUCUGACACAUUGACAGAAUUUUAUCUCCGAUACGAGAGUGCUAUGGAGAAGCAAAGGCAUACAAAUGCAAGAUUAAACUAUGAAGGAACAAAGUCGAUGCCAAGAAUGGACACGCCAUUGUUAUUGGAGAGGGAUGCAGCAGAGUUGUACACUCGAACAAUGUUUUAUGAGGUACAGAAAGAGAUAAUGUCAUCCUGUUAUGAUAUGAGUAUCAACAGUAUAUCAGAAGAAGAUGGUGUGAAGAUUUUUUCCAUAAAGGACAAAAGGAGGCAUGGAAAAAUAUUUGAGGUGAAUCACGCUUAUUUGAACAAUGACAUGCAAUCUGAUGUAACAAAAAUACCAAGACAUCUUGUUGUGAACCGAUGGACAAAAGGUGCUGAGAUGAGGCAUUCAUUGCAGUUCAAGGAAAUAUCAGAACAGUGCAAUGCAAUUGAAGUUACAAAUCGCAAGUUGAAUGACAUAUGGUAUGAUUUCCAAUCCUGUGUGAGUUUGGCAGGUUUAGAUGGUGAGAGACUUGACUACCUGGAAGGGAAGUUGAAGGAGUUGAAGCACAGUUUGCGUGAAUCUAGGUGGAAAUCUGACACACAGAACAAAAAUAAUGUAAUGGAGUUUUUUGUGGGCUCAAAAAUACCAGCUGAAGUGAUCGUUAAACCUCCCAUUGAAAGUAGAAACAAGGGGUGUGGACGGAGAAUUGUUGGUGAUUAUGAGAAAUCAAUUAGUCAACGAAAGAAGAAGGUGCCAAGGCUGUGUAAUAUGUGCAAAAAAAUCGAUUUCCAUGACGCACGGACAUGCCCAUUAAAGAAAACAAUACAGCAGAGUGAUGUUUAA